CGUCAUAAAUCUAGGGUUUUCAAUGAAUUUGCCAAUUCCUUUUGGCAAACCCCCUCUCUCCAAAGUCUUUCCCUCUCACCAUAUCAAUCAGAGACACAUAUAAAACCGUGGAAGCAGAUCCAUCGAGGAUUGGGGAUCCUCUGGCGUUGCCGAUCAAUAUGGAAACGACGUCGAGAGUAGAAAUGUUGGCGAAAGGAGGGCUGCGGGAGAUCCCUCCGCAGUAUAUUCAGCCACCGGAGCUUCGACCGAAACUCCUUAAGGCCGAGGAUGUUGCUCGAAUCCCGACCGUCGAUCUGUCCAGCAGCUUCGAGUCGGCGAGGGAGGCCAUCGGUAGCGCAUGCCACCGCUGGGGGGCGUUCUAUGUGGUCAACCAUGGAGUUCCGAUCCAACUUCUGAAUCAGAUGAGGUCAUUGGGUCUCUCAUUUUUCAGGGAUUGUCCCGUCGAAGAGAAGCUCCGUUACGCCUGUGACUCCACCUCCGCCGCCUCCGAGGGUUACGGCAGGCGCAUGUUACUUGGCUCCAAGAACAACGAUGUUUUGGACUGGAGGGAUUACUUCGACCACCAUACCUUCCCUCUCUCUCGCCGUGACCCUUCUCGCUGGCCCCUCAAUCCGCCUUCUUACAGGCAAGUAGUGACAGAAUUCAGUGAGGAGAUGAAGGCGUUGGCUCAGAAGCUGUUGGAGCUUAUUUCAGAGAGCCUUGGCCUACCUUCUUCGUGCAUCGGAGAUGCUGUUGGGGAAAUCUAUCAGAAUAUCACGGUUAGCUACUACCCGCCUUGUCCUCAGCCUGAGCUCACUCUUGGUCUCCAGUCGCAUUCCGAUAUGGGUGCAAUUACCCUCUUGAUUCAAGACGAUGUCGGAGGCCUUGAGCUUUUCAAAGAUGGCCACUGGCUCACUGUUACUCCCAUGUCCGAUGCUGUGCUCGUCCUUUUAGCAGAUCAAACCGAGAUCAUAACGAACGGCACAUACAAAAGUGCUCAACACAGAGCCAUCACCAACGGUAAUCGAGCGCGUUUAUCGGUUGCAACUUUUCAUGACCCCUCCAAGACAGCAAAGAUAUCCCCAACUCCUCAACUUAUCAGUGAAGGCUUGCCUGCACGUUACCGGGAAAUUGUGUACGGCGAGUAUGUAUCAUCAUGGUACUCAGAUGGUCCAGAAGGGAAACGGAACCUGGACGCUCUCUUACUCCACCAGUCGUAGUCUUAGUCGUCAACCUGCGUGUGCCAAUGUUUCAUAUGGAUAUUGACGUCGUUAUGUAUUUUCAAUUUGCCUGAAUGCGAGAGAAUAACACAUACUAUGCAAAAAUAUGAUGACCUAAAGGAUUUGGGUAAACAGUUCCCUCGA